CGAACGACAACCCCAAUGGCCAACGCUUCGCACAUUCUUCGCCUCCUCCAGCGACUCCAAGCCAAGCCUCAAAUGACGAAUCCGGAUGCUCUCCAGGUGCUGCUCGACAUGAUAGAGGCCAUAGAAGCAUGCCCCAAAUCAGAGCUGACUGAAAAUCUUAUCAUCGAGGCGACUGUGCCAUACCUGGCCCCGACAAUUGCCGCACCUGUCCCAAUCUCGAUUGAACUCCCAGUUAGCAGCGGCACCGUGACCCCUCCUGGACAAGCACAGCCUGAGGUUUCUGGUGCCGCAUUGACCAUCAUACUCACCAUUAUUCGUCGCUUAAGCAAUAGUUCUCCAACACACAUUGUUUUCAUACCAGACAAUGUUACUAAAACUUUGGCCUCAUGUUGGCCAUUGACGUCGUCCGCGUUGCUUCUCUACGCUCGCGCUAUUGUCGCAACGGACGAUGACAAUCCGAGGCUUGCUCGGCAGGUUGGAUCCCCGGGACACGCAUUCAUAACUAUUGUGUCGCUUCUCCAGACCUACGCACAUGCCGAGUCCCUUCGAACUUUGGUUCAAAAUACGCCAACAGCACUAUAUCUCGUCGCGUCCAUAUGGAAAUUCGAAGUAAAUGGCCAAACUGAGGCUCAUGAAUUCUAUCUGCAACUCAAAGAGCUUUUCCCCCACGGAAAUCCCCCCAGUGCCGCCACUCUCCUCCCGCUCUACCUUUUUACAUUACCUUCUCCAAAGCUCGACGCCUUUCUUGCUAUUGUUGAUUAUAGCUCAGGUGAAAGUGCGGCGGCAGCAAUGGGCCAUUUCAACAAGAGCUUGAAGGCGUUGCACUUGGAUGCAUCUGAUUCUGCGGUCAUAGGCACCUUUCAAGCAAACUUGGACAAUCUAAUUGCUUUCCAUUCAACGUCCCUCCAGCAGUCAUUACUUAAGAAGCGCUCGCCUAUCCUGGUCGUGGAAUCACUCGUCUGGUUGACAUCAAAACCAUUCAAUAGCACCACGGCCGGACUAGUCGGAACAGCUAUUGAGCAUAUUUGUGUAUUCCUCAACAAUUACCUGUUCUCAAAUGGCAUCUGGGGCUUGGUCCUAGCUUUGGAGCAAGGACUGGGUAUUGGUUUGUUUCGUGCUUGUGCUUGGAUAGACUCGCUCUCUCCAGCCUCACCAGCCCUGGAAGAGUAUAGGCGACUCGCCUAUACUCUUCCAGGGCCGACUACUACGACAAUACUUGCCUAA